AAAUACCCGAGUCAAAUGUGGCGGUUGAAAAGCUUUUUAGCUAUAAUCAAAACAAACUCCAGUUCCUUUCAAACACAAAUAAAAAUGGAUACCGACGACAACCACAUGGCGGAGAAUAAUCCACCGAAAGUUAAACAUAAAAUGGGUUCAACAGUCCUUGAUUCUUUUACAAAGCUUGCUAAUAAUAAAGAUAAUGAACGUGUCGAUGGUGCGAUCUCAUUACUUCGUCAUUUACUUCAACCCAAUUCGGAGGGAAUGGAUGGAAAAGAAUUACAGUAUGCAAUGUCUAGAUUAGUUCGAGGAAUGGGAACUUCCAGGAUAGCAGCUAGGAAAGGCUUUUUCACAGCAUUAACGGCAUUUUUAACAAUUAAUUCUACAAAUGAAGUCACAAGGAUUCUUCAACUUCUUGGAACUGAACUACGCGUUGUGGGAAGCAAUUCCAAAAGUGAAGAAGGGGACAUAUACACAGGUCAAAUUCUUGUGUGUGGUGCACUCAUACACUCAAAAAUUUUAUUGACCAGUACAUUAGAAGAACAACAAAAAGUUUUGACUCUACUUCUAACUGCUGGCAAGAAGCGAAGCUACUUAUCGUGCGCUUCUUACUCUUUUAUUAUGGACUUGAUUGAACAGUUAGAAGAAAAGGAUUUCAAAACUAUUGUCUGGCCAAUACUCAAAGAAGAAUUAGCAAAACCCUGGGCUGAGCAAACUCUCGAUACAUUACGUGCACUCUUGGUAAUCAGUGCAAGAUAUCCAGCUGUUGUGCAUGGUACAUUUUUGAAAAAGUUUGUUGGUAGUGAAAAGGUUAUUGAUGAAACCUCUGUAACUCAUAUAUCAACGUUAUUACUGGACUUGCCAAUGAUAUUGUCUUUGCAAAAUCCGGCAUACAAACUAUUCAGUGAUAGAUUGGCUUCAACAGAGUAUGUUCCAAUUUUCUGGAAUACUUUUGAUCAACUUUUAGCUACACCAACUCGGAACAAAUUGCUGGUUGCUCUUCAAGUAGCAACAUUCGUACUUUCGGAAAUAAAAGAUGUUACAGUGGUUCCCACAUUGAUGACACCUAAUUUCUUACAAAAUGUCAUGAGAACUGUAACAGUUAAUAAGAAAAAUCGAAAUGACGAAGUAGUCUUGAAAUUCAAUAAGUUUGUAGAACUUCUUGUCCUUACCAUGAAACGGGACGACGUCAAGCCUAAAACCCAGGUUACAGUACUCAAAAAAUUGCUACUAUAUCCUGGAGACAUUUUGAUUGAGAAAAAAACGGGAGUGAAAGUAAUACAAUUGUUGACUACAAGCUUGAAUGCAGAAGGAGUUAAAAAACUGUCAAAAAUAUACAGAGAAAUCACAGCAGUAACAAAACCUAAGGAGACAUCACAGUUUCCUGAAGCUUGGACUAAUGUGGAAAGAAUAUAUGCUGCUCAAAUGUUAACUAGGUUGAUGAACCAUUCUGCAAUUACGAUAGAACAUGAUUGGAGGCUAGAACAACUGAAGUUUUUAUUUCAACUUGGGAUAUGUCAAGCGCCAGCAAUCGGUGUCGAGUUAGGAGCAUUGUUAAAAGAAUGUUUCUACCGAGCACUGGACCUGAAGCUAUCUAAGCUUGAUGAUUUGAGAAGUAUUUUAAGUUCCAUAGUCCACUAUAUCGAUGCCGAAGUGAUUUCUGGUCAGAAACUAGAACUACGAGUGCCUCUUGAUGAAGCAGCAACAAAUGUUUGGGUAGAAAUGAUGGCACAGAUUAAGAUCUUAGAAAGCAAUCCGAAAAUUAAACAAGCAGCACCUAUUUUCCAUACGAUGGAGCUACACAUGGGAUUACAACUGUUUUCUGAACCAGAAAUGGCAAUCAGCUCUAUAAAAGACUUGCAUAGCUGUUACGAAAGAAUCGGAAAAAAGAAGAAGCAAAGUUCGGAAGACGAACCAGAAUGGGUCGAAGUUGUCGUCGAUCUAAUGCUUUCCCUUCUUUCUCGAAGCAGUCAUUUGCUGCGCUCAAUAGUGGGCUGUGUUUUCCCACACAUAUGCCCUAUGCUAACAGCAACUUCGAUUCACCAGAUAUUAGACGUACUAAAUCCUAAAAACAGUAAAAGCCCACUGAGUUACGGAAAAGAUGAAGAUUCUUCGAGUGACGAAUCUAGUGGUGAAUCACACCCAGAAGAUGAAGAUGAAGAUCAUGAUGAAACAAUAGAUCAAGAUAAAGAAAUUAUAGAAUCGAGUGAAGAGGAUAUCAGUGACUCUGAACCGGAUGAUGAUCCAUAUGAAGAAGAUGAGUCUGUCAAUGAUAAACUUAGAAUGGCUGUGCGACAGGCAUUGGGUGAUGCCAUGGCUCAAACGGAUGAUGAAGAUGUAGAUGUUGAUCAAAUUGACGAGGAAGAGGGUCAACGACUCGACAAUGCACUGGCAAGUGCAUUUAAAGUAUUACGCGAAAAUCGUCAAAGUAGAAAGAAGAAACAAGGGAAAAGUGCUCAAGCUUUGACUCAUUUCAGAGUCAGAGUAGUGGAUCUCCUUGAAAUCUACUUGGACACGAACCCAUCAUUGGCACUCGUAUUGGACAUUCUUCUUCCAUUAUUUGCACUAUUAGAAUUCUCUAUUAAAGAACAACACCAAAAGCCAUUAGAAAAUAGAAUUAGAUCGUGCCUGAAGAAAUUAUCCGCCGUUAAAAAGUUUUCUACAAUAGAUGAGGUAACUAGUGACUUAUUGACAAGUAUACUCAACGCACUGAUUGAUAAAGGGUCAAAGUCAGCACCUGUCUAUCACGAAAUGGCUGAUAAAUUGACCGAAUGCUGCACAUUUUUGGUACGUUGUUCACAACAAAUUGAUGCCAAUGAUGAUUGCAUAUCGGAUAUUUAUGCAGAUAUUUUAGGGACAUUUUUCAAGAAACGAGACUGUGUGCUUCCAGCAAUGCUAUUUAAAUCUGUCUUGAACCUACAGUGGAUCGGAAAUUGGAAACUAGCCCCUUUACUUGUAGAGUUUGCUUUCGAUAUCACUGUCAGACCAUUCAGGCGCAAUCAAGCCUUGGAAUUCUUAGAUAUAUUUUUUCAUAAUAACAGAUUAAUUCAGGCAGAUGCGAGUUAUACUAAAAUUCGCCGAAAAGUUGAAAAAAAUAUAAGUAAUAAGAGUGUGGAACUUUUGAACGAACUUGGGCAGAAGACUAACAGCGAAGCCACACAGGGCAUCAAACAAAAAUUCGUUUGUCUACUGCUAACUUUACUUUACACAAUAAAACACCAACGUCAACCUAGUGCUUGUGAUUGGGAAGCAAUCGGGGCUGCAAUGAUGUGCUACAGAUCAAACAACACAUUAGCCAAAGAUGCUAAGACUGCAUACAACAGGCUUGCCAGUCAACUAGGAAUACCGGUUAAUGUAAAAAGUUCAUCAGUUCAGAAAAAAGAAGGUGCAACAGAAAAUGGUCAAUGUGUGAAGAGUAAUGGUUCAGCAGAUGACGUUGAAUCACCUGAGAAUGAAUCGGAUGAAGAUUCAGAGGUCAAAACCAAACUGACUAAAAAAGAAAAAAAGAAGAAACAAAAAAUUAAAGGCAAACAUAAAGAUAAGCAGCUACUAAAGAAAGAAGCGCGUGAGCUCAGAAUGAGAGCGAUGUCCAACGGAUUAGACUCAGUUAACUUUAGCACUGUACCGGUUCAUUAUGUCAAUGAUGUGAACAUGGAAUUGGCUGAUACAGACUUAUCCCAAAAUGGUAAAGAUCCUACUCAAGGUUUGUCUGAAAGUAGUAUAAAAGCUCAAUCUGGUCUAAAAAUGUCUCUCAAAAAAAGAUCAUCCUCUGAAUCCCGAAAUAUUCCUUUCAAUUCGAGUAAAAAGAAAAAACAAGUAUAGUUGUAAAUAGAAUAAUUGCAAAUUAAUAUUUUUUUAUAUACAUAUGUAAUAGAUUAUCAUACCAUUACUAAGUGUAUGCAAUGAUUUACGUGUUUUAAGAACAGUACGUAUAUUAUCAAGUUGAAUAUUGAUUUUACUAUCCGAUGUCAAAUGGGAACAAGAGAUCCUUGAAUUUCCCAACAUUGUACAUUUUCAUGACUCCUCAAUAAAUAAAAACCACAAAAAAAUCUGUAUCAAUUCACUAU